GGCGGAGGGAAUAAACCUUUAAGGAGAGUUGGCGGCUCCGGCUCCGCCUCUCCUCCUCCUGAGAGGCCUCGGAUCAAUGGCGGCGCCGGCUGCGGCUGCCGAGGCCCGGCCCGGCGCCGGGGAGCUGCCCAGCAUCUUCGCACCCGAGCAGGACGGCGAGCUGGACGAGGAUGUCAACGGGGAGCUGGAGCCCGACCUGGCGUCCAAGUUUGCGUUGGUGAGCCCAAGUUCGGAGCAGUACGACUGCUUGUUGAAGCAGCUGAGAGAGCGAAUGGAUGAGGGUUGUGGGGAAACUAUCUAUGUGAUCGGCCAAGGCUCAGAUGGCAAGAAAUACGGACUGAACGAUGACGACAUAGAGGCAUCUGUGGCGACCGUCAAGAGUCUGUCGGAGCAGAUCUACUCUGACCUGAUCCUUCUCCGUGAGCGGCAGGAGGCAGGCGGGAAGGUGGCCGACUACUUGGUUCGCAAACGAGUUGGGGAGAAUGACUUUCUGGAGGUCAGGGUAGCAGUGGUUGGGAAUGUGGACGCUGGGAAGAGCACACUGUUGGGCGUCCUGACGCACGGCGAGCUCGACAACGGGCGGGGAUUUGCACGGCAGAAGCUUUUCCGGCACAAGCACGAGGUGGAAUCUGGGCGGACAAGCAGCGUCGGCAAUGACAUUCUGGGCUUUGACAGUACUGGCGAUGUGGUGAACAAGCCCGACAACCACGGAGGGGGGCUGGACUGGACAAAGAUCUGUGAGAAAUCCACCAAAGUCAUCACCUUCAUUGAUCUCGCCGGACAUGAAAAGUACCUGAAGACGACUGUGUUUGGAAUGACUGGGCACUUGCCGGACUUCUGCAUGCUGAUGGUUGGCAGCAAUGCCGGAAUAGUGGGGAUGACGAAAGAGCAUCUGGGGCUGGCACUGGCCCUCAACGUUCCUGUCUUUGUUGUGGUGACCAAGAUCGACAUGUGCCCAUCCAACAUCUUGCAGGAAACACUGAAGUUGCUGCAGCGGCUGCUGAAGUCUCCAGGCUGCAGGAAGAUCCCUGUCCUGGUUCAGAAUAAGGACGACGUGAUAGUAACGGCAUCAAACUUCAGCUCCGAGAGGAUGUGCCCGAUUUUCCAGAUCUCCAAUGUGACUGGAGAGAACCUGGAGCUCCUGAAGAUGUUCCUGAAUCUGUUGUCGCCACGGACUAGCUUCAAAGAGGACGAACCAGCAGAGUUUCAAAUUGAUGACACCUACUCUGUCCCUGGUGUUGGAACAGUGGUAUCUGGAACAACACUACGAGGUCUGAUUCGAUUGAAUGACAUUUUGCUGCUAGGACCCGACCCACUGGGGAACUUCAUCCCCAUCGCAGUGAAGUCCAUCCACAGAAAACGGAUGCCGGUCCGUGAGGUGCGAGGUGGCCAGACGGCGUCCUUUGCUCUGAAGAAGAGUUUUGGAGCAUGCCUAUUGCAAACCCGGCAAGUAUAAAGUCAACUUACCGACAGCAGGAAGGUUCAGUCGUUCAGAGCCACUGCUCGGUUGAAAUUUGGACUUCUCCAGAUUACUGAAACACAAAUCAACUGGAC